AUGCAGUAUGGAAUUAUUUAUGCUCACUACAACCAGUGGCCUGGUGUUGGCCCUAGCAGCUGGAAUCCCGCUGCGGGGCCUCCAGGACCAGGAUCACAACCAUGGGCCCAACAACCCGUCGGUUGGAACGGAGCAGGGCCUGCAAACCAUCCAGCUAAUCAACCUGGGAACGGUCAUUCCACGCACUUGCCUAAUUUGGCAGCACAACCAGGAAUGCCCUGGCCACCAGAUCAGGCAGGUCCCUCUACAAACGGUUGGAUGCCUUCGGCGUGGGGACCGCAGGUACAUGCUAAUAUGUCCGCUAAUAACAGAAUACAAGGUAUCGGAGAAGACGUAUCACUAUACAAUUCAUCACAGACCCGGAAACCCAGAUCCGCUUGGGACACUUUAUGCUUUGCUGCUCUGACUGGCACGAAUUCUGCACCCAAUCAAAACGAGUUGGUUAAUUCGAUUGAGACGUGGAAUCAUCCGGCUGCAGCGGCUGCGGCUGCAACAAACGCUCUGUGCCAAUUAACGCCGAUGCAGAUUGGCCCAGGGAAUGGGCCACCUACGGACUGGAGUCAAGUCACAGCCCCGCCCGGAACUGGCGCCACACACUGGAUGGGAGUGAAUUCCACACCGGUCAGUUUAUCUGGUUCUAAUGCAUCAGAAGCUGUCACAAACAGCCUAACAAGUGGUUACUUGAACGAACACACAGCCCCACAUCCACACCAGAACGGAGCCACUAUGGCGGCGGUAGCUGCGGCUUUUGGCAUCGGUGGCUCAGCCACUGGCCCAGUACCCCCUCAUUGGGCCACAUCCGGUCCUAGUGGUGAUCCAAGUAAGUAA